CAGCAACACACCACAGCAUCACCGCCUCGCCUCACUGAAAAAAAAAGGACAGAGAGGAGAGAAAUGCAAAGGGAUGUAAGAUGGCAGAGCUACAAAUGCUAUUAGAGGAGGAAAUCCCUGCCGGUAAAAGAGCGCUCGUGGAAAGCUACCAGAACCUGUCCCGGGUUGCGGAAUACUGUGAAAACAAUUAUGUUCAGGCUCAAGACAAGAAGAAGGCCCUGGAGGAGACCAAGGCCUACACCACCCAGUCUCUGGCCAGCGUGGCCUACCAGAUCAAUGCCUUAGCUAACAAUGUGCUGCAGCUGCUGGACAUCCAGGCCUCGCAACUACGACGCAUGGAGUCCUCCAUCAACCACAUCUCCCAGACUGUGGACAUUCAUAAAGAGAAGGUUGCACGUCGGGAGAUCGGCAUCCUGACCACGAAUAAAAACACCUCUCGCACCCACAAGAUCAUCGCCCCAGGCAACAUGGAGCGGCCGGUGCGCUACAUUCGAAAGCCCAUCGACUACACACUGCUGGAUGAUGUGGGACACGGCGUCAAACAACAUGGGAACAAUGCUGCAGGGCGAGGAGGGACGCUCGCCAGGACCAACCCCCCGACACAGAAACCCCCAAGCCCCCCCAUGGCUGGUCGUGGUACCCUGGGGCGUAACACUCCCUACAAGACACUGGAGCCAGUGAAGCCGCCGGUGGUGCCUAAUGACUACAUGACGAGCCCGGCCCGACUGGGCAGCCAGCACAGCCCUGCACGCACAGCCUCGCUCAACCAGAGGCCCAGGACACACAGUGGCAGCAGUGGGGGUAGUGGCGGCAGGGAGAACAGUGGAAGCAGUGGAGUUGGUGUCCCUCUAGCAGUUCCCACCCCCUCCCCUCCCAGUCUGGGGCAAGUUUUAUGUCUCUCCAUCCGCUCUCCUGCAGUGGCGACGUCCUCAGCCUCAGUGCCGCAGGGCCCCGGCUUGGGUCCCAUCCCCAUGUCCCAGUUCGGCACGAUCUCUCGCCAGAUCUCCCGUCACAACUCCUCCACCACCUCCUCGGCCUCCAUGGUGUCGGCCACCGGCACCUACCGCCGCGCACCCUCCGUCUCCUCCCAGCAGCCUCACAUCAACGGUGGCCCUGCCUACCCACAGAACUCAGUGUCUGUGGCUCCUCCGCCUCCUCCUCCCAUGGUUCAGCUGACCCCACAGAUCCCUCUGACCGGCUUUGUGGCCAGAAUGCAGGAGAGCAUUACAGACAGCCCCGCCCCGCCUCCUCCCCCUCCACCAGAGGACAUAGGUGUGUUUGAGGAACCGUCUCCCCCUCCUCCUCCCCCACCUGUGGACUACGAGGAAGAGGAGGCAGCAGUGGUUCAUUACAGCGAUCCCUACGCUGACGGAGACCCCCACUGGGCCCCCAAAGCUUAUUUAGAGAAAGUUGUGGCCAUCUACGACUACACCAAGGACAAGGAGGAUGAGCUGUCCUUCAUGGAGGGAGCCAUCAUCUACAUAAUCAAGAAGAACGAUGACGGCUGGUUCGAAGGCGUCUGCAACGGCGUCACUGGACUCUUCCCGGGCAACUACGUCGAGUCCAUCAUGCACUAUGCUGACUAGAAAAAGAAACAAACAAAAACCCACCCGAAACGGCACUGCAGUUUUGAACCGAGAUAAAACCGUGAAGAUGUACAGAUGUUUGCAGUGCAGCGAUAGCAGUUCAUACAGCUCCUGUUUUGAAUGAAGUGCCAUGGUGAAGUCUUUGGAAUAUACCGUAUGGUUUUCUUUUCUUGGGGGUGGGGCUUGUGCUUGCACAGUUUUGUUUUGCUCCAAAAAAAAAAAAAAAAGUGUUGCACAAAGAAGGAAGGUGCUGAAGCUUCGGUCUGUUAGUUUACACUGUGGAUGAAAAGGAGGAGAUAAACCCUGUUUUUCUAUCACUGUCAUAUCCGUGGCGAUCGGUAGCACUUUUCAGACAGGCUCACUUUCUGCCUCACAAUAAAGGACGUAGAGUCAAAACAGUUUCAACAAACGCCAAACAAAUCUAGAUGUAGUAUUAAUAUGUGUACAUUUCCAGUAUUUACAGUACGCAGUUGAUCCAGACAGUGAAGUAUUACCACGAUUUCUCUGAACAGAUGAAGCAGCAACUCUCCUGCCCCUUCAUUUGCACUGUAGACCAGCAGACCAGCUCUCUCCUCCUUUCAAAAACAUCCAUCUUACUUUAUCAAAAAACAACAACAACAACAACAAAAAGGACAAACAAACAUCAGUAAGUGCAUUAGGACACGACUGAAUGUUCCAUGCCGUCGAUGUCCAAAUCACAAGAUGUUUAUGAGGGGGCAAAAAAAAAAAAAAAAAAGCAACCUGGAGUUGUGUAUUUACUAUGCUGUGCGUGGGUGGGGAUGCCAUUAAAAAGGGGUGACGUGAGUGUAUAGAAUGCAUUACAAAAAAAAAAAAAAAAAGACAACCGUCUCUUCUUUCUGGUGGAGUUUCUUUCUUUUCUCUAACGUGUAUAUAAACUGUAACGUGAGAAGCUG